AUGCCGGGAGCGAGGCCCUGCCGGAGCAGCCCCGAGGAGGACCAGGAGGUGGGCGGCGUGUGCAUCACUGAAGCCCUCAUCACACGGCGGAACCUGAGUUUCCCUGAAGAUGAGCAGCUGUCGGAAAGGAUCUUCCACACCCUGGCCGACCUGCAGACCGUCCGCCUGGACCGGGAGGGUGUCACCACCAUCAGCAACCUCGAGGGUCUCCAGAACCUUCACAGCCUCUACCUGCAAGCGAACAAGAUCCAGCGGAUUGAGAACCUGGCCUGUGUCCCCUCCCUGCGCUUUCUGUCUCUGGCAGGAAAUCGAAUCAGGCAGGUAGAAAACCUCCUUGGCCUCCCGUAUCUCCAGUUCCUGGACCUCUCUGAGAACCAGAUCGAAACACUGAAACUGGGGGAGUUCCCGCAGAGUCUGCUCAUCCUCAACCUGACAGGCAACAAGUGCACCACCCAAGAUGGCUACAGGGAGCAGGUGACCAAGGCCCUCCCGCUGCUCCUGGACCUGGAUGGGCAGCCCGUGUCAGAACGCUGGACCUCGGAUGAGGAGCAAGCCUCAGGCGAUGAGGAUGAAGAGUUCCCGGAGCUGAGUGGUCCCUUCUGCUCAGACCAAGGCUUCCUCAAGGAGCUGGAGCAGGAGCUGAGCAGACUCCGGGAGCACAGGCAGCAGGAAGCGCUGGCAGACCACCUCCUGAGGAUGGAGACGAAACCAACCCUCACCAGCCUGCCCCCGCUGCCCCCAGGAGUCCCCAUGGCGGGGGACAGCAGCCCCUCUGCCAUGCCCACGCAGGGGAAGGAGACAGCCCCUGAAGCCCCCGCCUCAUCCCUGGCCUCCUCUCCCACCAAGAAAUCCUGCCCUCUGAUACCCAGACACCAGCCCAACUCCCAGGCAAGGAAGGGCUCCCAUGUGGCCACAGCCCCCAAGACCUGCAACCCCACUAAAACUGCAACCAAAAGGGUCAAGAAAUAG